GCCAGCCACGUGAUCGCCUGAAAUUUCCUUUUUAUUUUUAUUUUUUAAAUAAGCUUAUGCGGGAAGAUGAGCCCGCCGUUUAUACCAUGUCCAUCGAAGCGAGAAAAACGGACAAGAUUCUGAUUAAGAAUCUGGUUGUUCGCAACACUGUUGGAGUAGACUCCUGGGAGAGAUGCAAGACACAGCCUGUGGUCAUCAAUGUCUGUUUGUAUACAGACAUCACCCCGGCAGGCGACUCUGACCACGUCACUAAAUCCAUUCACUAUGGCCAUGUCACCAAGGCUGUGACCAAGGUUGCCGAAGAAACCACCUUCCGCUCUUUUGAGGAACUGGCACAUGCUAUUGUCAAGGUCGGUAUCAUCAAGUUUGGAGCUGUCAAGGCCACUGUCAAGGUCGAGCAGCCUCGUGCUCUCUUGCAUGCCGCUUCCGCCGGUGUAGAAGUGACCAGAACCAGCGCUGAUCUUGCCGACUUAGCGGCAGCUUUGGAAAAGCAAGAGAAAAAUGGAGGAGCAUCUAUUAGCUUCGAGACGGUUGGCGACGUUUCUGGAUUCGGCUACGACGAUGUUGUGUUUGUCAAGGAUCUCAAGCUCUCGACUAUCAUUGGUGUCAACCCAUGGGAGCGCGAAGAAAAGCAAGUGGUUGUUAUCAAUCUCAAGAUCUAUCCCUUGACUCGUUCCGAAGAGCAAAAGUCAUACCAUCUUCGUACCAUUGUGCGAUCGGUGUCUCGACAUAUUGAAGCUUCCGGCUACAAAACUGUUGAAGCCUUUGUUGCAGCCAUUGCUCGAAUCUGUCUCGAGAAAUGCCAUGUGAGCAAAAUCACCGUGAAGGUGGAGAAGCCUAGUGCCUUGGUUUUCGCUGAGAGUGCUGGUGUGGAAAUCACUCGCGAUCAGCAGUGGCUUAAGGAGAUCCAGGAAGAGGAAAGCAAGGGUGGCAAGACGUAUGCUCACUUUAUGGAACAAAGCCGUUUUGCAGAUAUUCCGGCCAAUUACACCCAUUCGGCUUAUAUAGCCGUAGGAUCCAAUGUAGGCAACCCCAUUGCUAACAUCGAGAACGCACUUGCUCUGUUGGAGAGCCAAUGUUCAUCUACUGUGGUCGACACCAGCUUUUUGUACGAGACACCUCCUAUGUACUACACUGAGCAAGCACCUUUCUUGAACGGCGCUAUUAAGAUCUUGACAAGUUUGUCACCAGAAGAUUUGUUACGCAAGCUGAAAGAAGUUGAAGCUGAACUUGGACGACAACCUUCUUUCCGCAACGCUCCUCGUCCCAUUGACCUGGAUAUCUUGUUCUACGAUGAUAUUGUCUACCAUUCGGAAGUUUUGACUAUUCCACACCCUAAAAUCCAGGAAAGGGAAUUUGUUUUAUGGCCAUUAUGCGAUAUUGCCAAGGGCAUGGAACACCCAACCUUAUUCCGUACUUGCGGACAAAUGUUGUCCCAGUUGUUGAAAGUGACUGCAGAAUCUCCUGAAGGCCCUCUCAAGAUUAACAAAGUGCUACCUAUGCACCGCAGCGCUCAGGUCAUGUGGAAAUGGGAUGCCAAGACCUAUGUUAUGGGUAUCCUUAAUACCACUCCUGACAGCUUCUCAGAUGGUGGUGAGCACAUGGAUGUUGAGACGGCUGUGGCUCACGCUGAACGUAUGGCUGAGGAAGGCGCCGAUAUGAUCGAUAUUGGUGGCAUGUCCACUCGCGUCAAUGCUGAUGAAACGUUCCCUGUGGAAGAAGAAAUCCGAAGAGUAGUUCCGGUCAUCAAGGCAUUACGCGCCAAGGGAUUCAAGCUUCCUAUCUCCAUUGAUACCUUCCGCGCUCAAGUUGCAGAGGCGGCUGUUCAAGCUGGUGCUGAUCUUAUCAACGAUGUGAGCGGAGGUAGUCGCGAUGCUGAGAUGCUCGCUGUUAUGGCUAAAACCAAGGUUCCAGUAUGUCUCAUGCACAUGCGAGGUACAGCCACUACCAUGCAGAGCAAGGAGAAUACCACCUAUGAAAACGACGACGUGGUAGAAGAUAUCAACCAAAAGCUUCAGCAUCUCAUUGAUCAAGCUAUUGGCAGCGGUGUUUAUCGCUGGAAUAUCAUUAUCGACCCUGGCAUUGGCUUCGCAAAGACUGGAAGUCAGAACUUUGACAUUCUUCGAGAGAUGAAGCAGAUCAUUGGCCAUGACGCCCCACUGGAAGGAUUCCCUUGCCUGGUCGGCCCAUCUCGCAAAAAGUUCAUCGGUGAUGCCACCGGGGUUUCGGAAGCAUCCAAGCGCGGAUAUGGCACAGCGGCUGCGGUUGCCGCUAGUAUUGCUGGAGGAGCCAGCAUCAUUCGAGUGCAUGACGUACGUGAAAUGAGUGAAGUGACCAAAGUGAGUGACUCAGUAUGGAAGAAGGGACGUGAUUUGUAAUCUCUUCCUUUGUCUUGCCCAAUUUCUUUUGAAUCCUCCACGUUCAACACGUGUAUUAUAUUUUUCUUUUUCUUGGAUGUAAGUCCACUUGUACAAAAAGACAUAACUUUAUAGAGUUACAAAAAAAACCCAUCGUAAUAAAAAGCGUUCAUUCAACUGCAAAAAAGCAAGAUGGUUGAUAUCUAAAUUGCCAUUUCCGGU